AUGGUCCAGGUGACCCUGGAUCCCACCACAGCUCAUCCCCAGCUCCUGGUCUCGGCCGACGGGAGGAGUUUGAGGUGGGAAGAAGCCCAAGAAGCCCCAUUUGACCACCCAGGAUGGGCCACCCAACCCUACGUGUUGGCCCAUCAGGGCAUCACCUCGGGGAGGUGCUGCUGGGAGGUGGAGGUGACCCCUGAAGGCUCCUGGGCCCUGGGGGUGGCCCAGGAGACCUCGAAGAGGAUGGAAGAAGCCACCACAACCCCCCCUGAGAUGGAGCUUUGGUCCCUGGGUCUCUGUGAGGGUCAGUUUUGGGCCGUCACCUCCUUCCAGACUGUCCCUUUGUCCCACCUCCAGGUCCCCAGGAGACUCAGGGUCACCUUGGACUACCAGAAAGGCUUGGUGGCUUUUUUUGAUGCUGACAAGAAGGUCUUGAUGUUCUCCUUCCCACCAGCUUCGUUCCAAGGGGAGAAGGUUCGUCCCUGGUUCCUGGUGUGGAACGAGGGGGCCCAGGUCACCUUGUUCCAGGUGACCCUGGAUCCCACCACAGCUCAUCCCCAGCUCCUGGUCUCGGCCGACGGGAGGAGUUUGAGGUGGGAAGAAGCCCAAGAAGCCCCAUUUGACCACCCAGGAUGGGCCACCCAACCCUACGUGUUGGCCCAUCAGGGCAUCACCUCGGGGAGGUGCUGCUGGGAGGUGGAGGUGACCCCUGAAGGCUCCUGGGCCCUGGGGGUGGCCCAGGAGACCUCGAAGAGGAUGGAAGAAGCCACCACAACCCCCCCUGAGAUGGAGCUUUGGUCCCUGGGUCUCUGUGAGGGUCAGUUUUGGGCCGUCACCUCCUUCCAGACUGUCCCUUUGUCCCACCUCCAGGUCCCCAGGAGACUCAGGGUCACCUUGGACUACCAGAAAGGCUUGGUGGCUUUUUUUGAUGCUGACAAGAAGGUCUUGAUGUUCUCCUUCCCACCAGCUUCGUUCCAAGGGGAGAAGGUUCGUCCCUGGUUCCUGGUGUGGAACGAGGGGGCCCAGAAGGACCCCAGGAGACUCUUCUUGACCCUCCACCUUCUGCUCCCCCCAGUCCAGGUGACCCUGGAUCCCACCACAGCUCAUCCCCAGCUCCUGGUCUCGACCGACGGGAGGAGUUUGAGGUGGGAAGAAGCCCAAGAAGCCCCAUUUGACCACCCAGGAUGGGCCACCCAACCCUACGUGUUGGCCCAUCAGGGCAUCACCUCGGGGAGGUGCUGCUGGGAGGUGGAGGUGACCCCUGAAGGCUCCUGGGCCCUGGGGGUGGCCCAGGAGACCUCGAAGAGGAUGGAAGAAGCCACCACAACCCCCCCUGAGAUGGAGCUUUGGUCCCUGGGUCUCUGUGAGGGUCAGUUUUGGGCCGUCACCUCCUUCCAGACUGUCCCUUUGUCCCACCUCCAGGUCCCCAGGAGACUCAGGGUCACCUUGGACUACCAGAAAGGCUUGGUGGCUUUUUUUGAUGCUGACAAGAAGGUCUUGAUGUUCUCCUUCCCACCAGCUUCGUUCCAAGGGGAGAAGGUUCGUCCCUGGUUCCUGGUGUGGAACGAGGGGGCCCAGGUCACCUUGUGUCCCUGA